GUGGAGAAAAAGGAGAUGAUGUCUGGUCAUCAUUUAAUGGACCCACAAUCAUGCCCCAAAUUGGACGCUAAAGUUGUUGCAUCAGUCUCCAAUGAUAAAUCUAGUCAAGAGGCUCAUCCUGAUCGUGUAGAAGAUGUUAUUGAACAAUCAUCAUCCAAGAGUCCCAAGUUUGAAGAAUCCAAGCCCGGUGAGCCUCCUUUAAGAAGAACCAGAGUUUCCGUGCGUGCAAGAUCAGAAGCUCCAGUGAUUUGCGAUGGAUGUCAAUGGAGGAAAUAUGGGCAAAAAGUAUCCAAGGGUAAUCCAUGUCCUCGUGCCUACUAUCGUUGCACCAUGGCACUAGGAUGUCCGGUUCGAAAACAGGUGCAAAGAUGUACAGAGGACAAAAGUGUGUUGAUAACAACUUACGAAGGCAAUCAUAACCACCCUCUUCCACCUUCAGCCACGGUGAUGGCGAAUUCUACCUCAGCAGCUGCAACUAUGUUUUUAUCUUCUUCAGGUUCAACAACAAGUAACGAAGCACUAAACAACAGUGUAGGAGUAUUCUCUUCCAUGUACCUCUCAGCCUCUGCACCAUUUCCCACUAUCACCCUUGACAUGACCAACAACAACCCUAUGCAACUGCACCGGGACACCUCCUCUUUUCCAUUGCAUGCAACUACUUUUCCUCAGCUACCAGGCCACCCUAUCAUCUUCCCUCACAAAUUGCAACAUUCAUUAGGGCAAAAACAACCUUCGUUUAUGACAGAUAUCAUGACUGCAGCUGUUGCUUCCAAUCCAAAUUUCACUGUAGCGUUAGCAGCAGCUAUCUCGUCAAUUAUUGGAGCUCCUAGAAGCAAUGAUGCAAAUAAUAUCUACAGUAACAAUGGUGGAAAUGUUCUUGCUCUUGGGACAUCUAUGUUGCCUGGAUCCACUUAA